AUGUUGACUGCGUUCAGCAAUACUGUUCUUCGAAUCGACAAUGCCCGGCAACAGAGCCAGGCAUGGCUCGAUGUCGACUUACUUUCACUGUUAUGGAGGUUCCGCCCUCUCGAAGCGAGCGACAAACGCGACAAGGUUUUUGCGUUACUUGGCUUGGUAACCAACUGGCAAAAUAAACCAGCGAUGCUUCCCGACUAUCGGAUGGACGUAAGUACCACGUUUGUACAGACUGCAGCGAACAUUGUACGGAGGACGAUGUCACUCACAGUUCUUGCGGGUGACUUGGACGCCGUUCUGAAUCGGAAGAGAGUCGAGGACCUCGCCUCCUGGGUUAUGGACUGGUCUCUACCCUGUCUCCCGAUCGAGAUUGAUAGAGUGAGUUCGCUCGGGCUAUACGACGCCAGUGGUGGGCAUACUAGCCCUGUACGUCUCCACCAGCAACACUCCAUACUAGAAGCUUCGGGCUCCUACAUCGACUACAUCAUCGCUGUGGGUGAGGUCAGUCGACACACUCAGAUAAGCGAAACCCUCGCUGCCAUCCGAAGCUGGAACUUCGAAACGCAGAGACAUCAAGAGCUUCGCGGUUCCUAUCCCACAGGAUGCACCUACGACGAAGCCUUCUGGAGGACACUCAUAGGCGACGUCGUCCACACAAACAAUGGCGACACACGAAAAACCAACAACAAGGCCUCCUACCGCAGAGCCACAACCGACGACUUCGAAGCCUACCGCGCCUGGCGCAUGUGGUCCCGCUGCAUCGCGCGCGACACCCUCAGUCGCACUGCAACCUUCACCCAACGCGACCUCGACGACGGCAUCUCCUCGAUCCACUACGCCCUCAAGACGGCUACUACCUCUCGCCGCUUCUUCAUCACGUCUAAAGGAUACAUCGGCUUCGGCCCAAGAACGACCCAACUCGGCGACGAAGUGUGGGUCUUGUCAAAUAGCAAAGUCCCGUUCUUGCUUAGUGCUACACAUACGCCCGCGCAACUUCCGCAUUUUGGGCGGCAGCAUAAUAUUAAGAAAUGUACGGGUUCGGGGUUAAGCACACUGAUCGGAUGUGACGCUCGAGACGGCGUGUGCAACGAGCCGCAUGGCUGCCGGCGCAUGGUCGGUGAUUGCUUCUGUUACGGGAUCAUGGACGGCGAAGGUUGCGCCGCAGCUGGGGAGGCAAUGAAGCAGGUUUAUCUGGUGUAG